GUGCGUCUGGCUCCACUGGCAAAACUGUCAACUUGCAGCACCGCAGCCACAGCGGCUCCACCUGCAAAUCGACGCAGCUCCGGAGCUCUCAAGUCUUUUUUUCGUUGCGGCUGGCUGGUGCAUGCUUGGCUCUCUCUCCCCGUUCCAAGGCGCCAUCUGCUUCCCGCCGUCUUUUCUUCUUCCGCUUCCCCUCCUUGUCUUCCUUUCUUUUCCUUUUCUUCACCACGCUCCUUUCAUCUCCUUGAUUCUUUUUGCUACUCUGGUAGGCCUCUUCAUCUCACAAUAGCAACCCUGUGAGAUUGGCGCAACGCACAUCGGCCAUCACCACCACCCACCACCGCGAUGCCCUCUGCCGCUGCCACGGGCGCCGAGUCCCCAAACGGCGCAGGCAUCACCAGGCGCAAGACGGGCGACUCCAAAGAUGGACAAGACACCAAUGGCUCCGGCAAUAGCAAGUCGCCCGCAAAUCCUAAGCGCCCUACUCCCAAGUAUCGCCAUGUCCAGGCCAUCCACUCAGAGACACGCCCAUCUUGCCUCAGCCACGACUCCAACGUAGCCCCCAGCUUCCUGGGCUUCCGCAAUCUCAUGGUUAUUGUACUUGUCGUUGGCAAUCUGCGCUUGAUGAUCGAAAACAUCCAAAAGUACGGCGUCCUCAUUUGCCUGAAAUGCCACGACUUCCGCCGCCAAGAUGUCCUCCUUGGAAUUGGCCUCUACUUCCUCAUUCCGUGCCACCUCCUCGCUGCCUACCUGAUUGAGCUUGCCGCCGCGAAGCAGGCCAGGGGCUCUCGCAAGCGCAUCAAGGAUGGUGCCGCCGGCCCCUCAGAAGAAGACAGAAAGAAGUUCCAUUCGACUUGGAUCCUCAUCGCGUGGGCGCAUAUGAUCAAUAUUACGCUUGCGCUUGUCUUCACCACCUGUGUUGUCUACUUCCACAUCCACCACCCAUUCAUUGGCACACUGACACAGACGCACGCUAUUGUCGUCUGGCUCAAGACCAUCUCCUACGCCUUCACGAACCGCGAUCUACGACACGCAUACUUGCACCCAGUCAAGGGUGAACUUGUGCCCGAACUCUACAAGAAAUGCCCAUACCCCCAGAACAUUACCAUGAGCAACAUGGUUUACUUUUGGUGGGCUCCCACGCUGAUCUACCAGCCCGUCUACCCUCGCACUCCCAAGAUUCGCUGGGUCUUCGUCUUCAAGCGAUUGGGCGAGCUGGUUUGCCUCAGCGUGUUUAUCUGGUUUGCCAGUGCACAGUAUGCCACUCCCGUUUUGCGCAACUCGCUCGAAAAGAUUGCUUCUCUCGACUUCUUCUCCAUUCUGGAACGCUUGCUGAAGCUGUCAACCAUCUCGCUCGUCAUCUGGCUUGCCGGUUUCUUCGCUCUUUUCCAGUCGUUCCUCAAUGCACUUGCUGAGGUGCUGCGAUUUGGUGACCGCUUCUUCUACGACGACUGGUGGAACAGUGCUUCGCUUGGCGCGUACUGGAGAACUUGGAAUCGCCCGGUCUACACGUACUUCAAACGCCACGUCUACAUGCCUCUUAUCGGCCGCGGCUGGAAACCGUUCUCUGCUAGUUUUGCUGUCUUCUUUGUCUCUGCUGUCCUACACGAAGUUCUUGUUGGUGUCCCAACACACAACAUCAUCGGUGUCGCCUUUUUCGGCAUGUUCUUACAACUACCGCUGAUUGCGCUCACCGCACCGUUGGAAAAGAUGAAGCAAGGACACUAUGGAAAGAUUUUGGGUAACGCCAUCUUCUGGGUAUCGUUCACCAUUUUCGGCCAACCGUUUGCCGCGCUCAUGUACUUCUACGCGUGGCAGGCCAAGUACGGAAGUGUUAGCCGCAUGGCCACAACAUCUACAACGAAGUAAUGAUCACCUCUGAUUUACUUGCGAUGCUUUGGAUAGGGAGUUUGCUUGUUUUAGUUGCGAUUUCUGCUGGCAGCACAUCGAGCGGCUCGAAUUGCGGUAUGACCGUACAGCUCGUUUUAUAAUCGAUAAUGUUGAAUAUAUUUGUUCUUGCCAUCUAUUCUAUAUAAUAUACAAGGGCACAUGUUACCGAAUGAAAGGAAUCCAUGUAGACACCCUAGCUCUGUACUGCACGUAGUCGUCUUUGAAGAAGGAUACCAGCAUAGCCUCUUCAUAUCGUAUCCGCCUAUUGAAGAACCACCAGAGGACACCCGUAUAUAUGAAGAAGCUGAUGACGUUUCCCAAAACAAGCUGGGUUCCAAGACCCCACCAAAAGAAUCCAAAAUACGAAGGAUGUCGGAAGUACUUAUAGAUGCCUGUCGUGACAAGCUCAUGAGAUUCUGACUUGUACCAUUGUACCUCGUGAUUGAAAUUGCUGCCUGCGUGGAGCAUUGCCAUGGAACGGAUAAACUGUCCCACAGCUGUGAUAACUAACCCAAGACAGAGAAGAACCGGCCCCAGACCGAACGGGGACCAGCAUCGCGUUGGGAAGAAGACUGACACAAGAAGGCUUUCGGUAAAGGCAAACGAAUGCGCAAUGGCGUAGUGUGGCCAAUUAGCCGUCAAAAGGAAGCUAUCGGUCGUUACAAUGCGCGUGUUUGCCUCUGCUGUAGUCCAGAACUCAAGGAAGUGAAAUGUUGCGAGAGCUAGCACAAAGAACGGCGGCCGCCACGCAGGGCUGUCUGUGAAUAUGAGGAUCCCUGCAGCGAUGCUAAGGCUCGAUGCAGCAGCUAUACCCAAACAAAAGGCACGUAUGGCGAUGCCGGAGAGCGAUCGAGGCUGGCGGGGGAGAUAUGGGCGCAAGUAGGCGUCUGCGCGGACUUGUUCUUCAUAGCGAUGGUGUUCAUGAAGACGGAUGACGUCUGGGUCUCUGGCUGAUGCUGACGACGACGCUGUUUGUUGCUCAAAGGGCCACGGCUGAGAAGGGUCAUUAUGACCCUCUUGUGAAUCGCUGUCGUACUCGUCCAUUAUUUUCUGAUAUACUGCCGCCUCAAUCACAGGGAUAUAGGCGAUGAUGCCAACGUGUUGAUAUGAGAAGUACGAAGAGAUUAACUCCUAUCUAACAAUGGGACCGGCAAGCAGUAAAAAGAGCAGAGAAUCAUCUACCUUAAUGUAGUGGAAGAUGUUUCCAUCGACUGUUGAUGGGCGCAGAGGCGGCGCGCUGCAUGUGCUUCUCCAGCAAUUGUUUGCGAGAAAGAACAAUACCAAGGAUUUGGAGGGGCAAAAGGGGACCUCGUGUGCCAGUGGCGCCUACGGUGGGCUGGGCGUGCAGCACUGCCAGCUGCCG